AUGCCAUUGACUGCCAAGGAGCAGUUGAUUGCUCAGGGAAAGAAGGUGGAUAAGAAGGAGUAUCAGACGAUGAACGACGUGGAGAGUGAUUGGGGAGACGAUCCAGAGAAGGAGGAAAAGAAGGAAUAG